CGAUCAGCCGCAGAGUCGUGUCGUGCCUCCACUACGGGAUUGCCCGUUUUCAACUGAUUUUUUUUUUAUACAGUCGUUAUCGCGCGUUUGUUUGCCGACAGAAUAAUUAGCACGAACAAUCGUGAUUUGUUUUUCCGAUGUCGCACAAAGUCAACACAAAUUAAACGCGCCAACAGAGUAUACUACUAGAUUUUGAUUUUGUUUUUGAAAACGCCACGAGCAGUCCCGUCGAAAUACGCUUUUCUUUCCCGCGAAAAUACCGAUCGACCGGAUCGGGCAGUUCGCAUUAAAAUAAAAGAAUUUCGCACCACGACUAUUGUUGAGUCUGAAUAGUAUAGUAGUGUUCGAAUUGAAAAUAUUUAAUUACAAUGGCUGCUCUCGAAUUCUGUUCCAUUUUCGGCAGUCUGGUGCUACUGUCCUGCGCACUAGGAUACGCCGCCGCCAUCCAAACCGACGCCCAGGCCAUGAUGUAUUUGUCUCAGUACGGUUAUUUGAGCCCGUCGAUGAAAAAUCCCCACUCCGGCCACAUCAUGUCCGAAGAGACGAUGGCCAGGGCGCUGAUGGACUUUCAGUCGUUCGCCGGUUUGAAUUUGACAGGUCACUUGGACGACGAUACGCUGCACUUUAUGAGCAUGCCCAGAUGUGGUGUUCGAGACAAAGUGGGAUUUGCUACCGACUCCAGAUCCAGAAGAUACGCGUUACAAGGCAGCAGAUGGAGGGUAAAGGACUUGACGUACAGAAUAUCCAAGUAUCCCAAGCUGUUGGGCAAGUCUGAGACCGACUCGGAAGUCCGGAAAGCGUUCAACGUAUGGUCCGAAGUCACACCGCUGACGUUUACACACAAGAGAUCCGGACAAGUACAUAUAGAAAUCAGAUUUGAAAAAGGAGAACACGGAGAUGGCGAUCCUUUUGAUGGACCAGGAGGUACGCUUGCUCAUGCUUUCUUUCCAGUCUAUGGGGGUGAUGCCCAUUUCGACGACUCAGAAAAAUGGUCCAUUGGUUCUUUCAAAGGUACGAAUUUAUUCCAAGUAGCAGCCCACGAAUUCGGUCACUCUUUAGGUCUUUCUCAUUCCGAUGUCAGGUCUGCAUUGAUGGCACCGUUUUACAGGGGUUACGAUCCGUCAUUUAAUUUGGACAGUGACGACGUCGAAGCUAUACAGGCCCUUUACGGUGCGAACAAUUCGGCCGAAGGUGGCAGUGGCGGUGACAAUGACGACGACAGCACCGGCCAGGGAUCGGGCAAGAAGACAACGACCGAAGAAGCUCCAGGCACUGAGGGCAGUGACGCCGAAUUGUGUGCCGACACCAAAGUAGAUGCACUGUUCAACUCCGCCGACGGCGAAACUUUCGUGUUCAAAGGCGAUUACUAUUGGAAGUUAACUGUAGACGGACUGGCCCAAGGUUAUCCAAAAUCGAUCUCGGGAACGUGGUCCGGUCUGCCAGGAACCAUAGACGCCGCUUUCACGUACAAAAACGGCAAAACAUACUUCUUCAAAAGUACAAAAUAUUGGAAGUAUACAGGAACGACCAUGGAUGAUGGAUACCCGAAAGACAUAGCUGAAGGAUUCGCCGGUAUUCCGGAUAAUGUGGAUGCCGCGUUGGUCUGGAGUGGAAAUGGAAAAAUAUACUUUUUCAAAGGUACAAAAUUUUGGAAAUUCGACCCGUUGCAAAAACCGCCGGUGAAGAGCACGUACCCGAAACCCAUAAGCAAUUGGGACGGAAUACCGGACAACAUAGACGCGGCUCUGCACUACACCAACGGGUACACUUAUUUCUUCAAGGACGAGAACUACUAUAGGUUCAACGACAGGACGUUUGCGGUGGACACCGCGGAUCCGCCUUUCCCCAGGAACUCCGGUUAUUGGUGGUUCGGCUGUAGGGCAGCAAACAAAGGCAAUCACUUGGAAGUCACGACGGCAUCAAGCGUGCAAAGGCCGACGCGGAUGGAAGUCAGAAGCGAUCACAAAGGCACUCAAAACACCGUCGUUGGGGAUCUGAUAUUGGACGCAGCUGUGUAGACGCUGUGAGGGCUGCGUUCGGUGCUGAUUGUGGUCCGCCUGUCGUGUAACGGAAUUUCGGGUACGCUGGCUAGAAAUCGGUCUAAAUUAAAAAAAUAAAUAAUACACAAAUUCAUAUCCACACCUGUACACAUCCACGCACAACAAAUCACACCGGAGUAUAUUAUACAGAUUAAAAAUACCACCGAAAUUGGAUUGUGUUAACAGAAAACGGAGGCGGUGUCAGAGGAAAAUUGAAAAUGUGAUACGGCGUACGACGGUGCACCGCUAAUUGUUAUUUCUUGUUUGUUAAACGUUUCUGAUCGGACACGAUGCAUGUACAUUGUACCUACCCUAUAGAUACAUACAUAUUAUUGUAUAGUAUGUAAACUCACGUCAAGUGCCAAAUACGAACCGGACUAGACUCCGACCGCAGUCUUCGUUGUUCGGCUACACCACACCAGAAUUGGAUCUUCCUACCUUCAUCUAAAAUACAAACAUUAAAAAAAAAAAACAGAGCAAUAUAUUUAUACGAUAAAGAAUAAUUGUAUUAUGAC